AUGAAAAAGCUCCUCGCGCUCGUCGCUUCUACAGCGGUCGUAACAUGCGAGCCAGCUUGUUUUCUUCCGACGGAUAAUUUGAGACAAGAUGGAAAAGUCGAAACAUGCCAAAGUCAGUGGGAGUUCGAAAUCAAAGGCAGGACAAUAACUCACUAUGGUUUCCUCCCUUCUGAAAAUUCCUCGGCGCACAAAAGUUUCAAUGAUACUUUUAACUUUUGCCAAUCUCAUGGGCUUCAGUCGUUAGUUAUUCACAGUAGGGAUCACCAGGAAGACGUGACUGAGAAAUUGGAGGAGAUGAUUAACGAAACGGGCACCGGAGCAGCUAUGCACAGUAACUUUUGGCUGAGCAUGGAAAGAGAUCAAAAAACAAAAGACUUUCAGUGGAAAUCAUGGUUCGAGCUUCCAAGCAAUUAUGAUGAUUAUGUGGAAGGAUAUUGUCCAAUUGAUGAUGCUUCUGAUAAUGAUGGUGUUUCUUUUUGGAAAACACCACCAGAUGCGAAUUCGCGCACAGAGCAUUGUGCUGUCAUGAGAAUUCAUUAUCCAGAUACCGAAGGCGUUAAAAACUGGGAAACAACUGCUUGCAGUAGUGAUCAAAACGGACAACUUGGAACUAGCCAUGGGUUUGUUUGCGUUUCCGACCCAGACUGGAAAAUGUUGGACGAUGAUUGCCUUAUUAUUUUCCCGACAACGACUACUACUACAACAACAUCCACCAAAACAACAACGACAACAUCGACAAAAUACACUGGUCCCCCUACUGAAAGCUCCAGUACCCAAGGUCCAGGAGUAACUGACAACCCGGAAGGAACUGAUGGACCUACAGAAUCGACCACAAAGAGCACAUCAACGAAAGACCCAUCCAAUCCGGGCACAGAUCCGAAUAAUCCAGAUAAUGGUUCUUCAAGUUCAACCACAACUACGACCACGACGACGACGAAAGAAUCUGAAGAUGUCAACGUCGGGAUUAUUGUUGGUGGUGUUUUGGGCGGAUUGUUCUUUUUGGUCUUGAUUAUUUUCAUUAUCAUGCGCUGCUUGAAACCAGACAAUUCUAUCGAAGACGAAGAAGAUGAGAUUGAUAUGUCUGCUUGA